CCAUACGUCAUCCGUGGGUGUGGUCAACGAGGGUAGAAUGUAACGUAGCAUUGCGCGUGCGCCCAGAAACUGGAUCGUGAACGUAGUGGAAAGUCGCCACGCCGUGUACUGUAACAUCAGGGAAAUCAAGUUAAGAAGUUACCUUGCAGCUGUUUACCAUGGCCGACGGGGAGGGAUUCGUUGUGCGUAUUCGAGGCCUGCCUUGGUCCUGCUCUGUGGAUGAAGUACAGCGCUUUUUCUCAGAUUGUAAAAUCGCGAAUAACGGCACAAGCAUCCACUUCACCUACACCCGCGAAGGCCGGCCGAGCGGAGAAGCCUUCGUGGAGAUGGAGUCGGACGAAGACCUGAAGAUCGCGACCAAGAAAGACCGCGAGACCAUGGGCCACCGCUAUGUGGAAGUGUUCAAGUCCAACAACGUGGAGAUGGACUGGGUGAUGAAGCACACUGGCCCCAACUGCCCCGAAACGGAGGGGGACGGGCUGGUGCGUCUCCGUGGCCUCCCCUUCGGGUGCAGCAAGGAGGAGAUCGUGCAGUUCUUCUCAGGGUUGGAAAUCGUGCCAAAUGGGAUAACAUUGCCGGUGGACUUCCAAGGCAGGAGUACGGGGGAGGCCUUCGUGCAGUUUGCGUCUCAGGAUAUAGCCGAAAAGGCUCUAAAGAAACACAAGGAAAGAAUAGGGCACAGGUAUAUCGAGAUUUUCAAGAGCAGCCGAGCGGAGGUGCGGACGCACUACGAGCCCCCCCGGAAGGCCAUGGGCAUGCAGCGGCCUGGCCCCUACGACCGGCCCGGCGGGGGCCGCGGCUACAACAGCGCGGGCCGCGGGGGCUCCUUCGACCGCAUGCGCCGCGGAGGCUAUGGCGGCAGUGAGGGCGUGUCAGACGGGCGCUAUGGCGAUGGGGGCUCCUCCUUCCAGAGCACGACCGGUCACUGCGUUCACAUGAGGGGGCUUCCCUACCGCGCCACGGAGACCGACAUCUACAGUUUCUUCUCUCCGCUGAACCCGGUGCGCGUGCACAUCGAGAUCGGCCCGGAUGGACGCGUCACCGGAGAGGCGGACGUCGAGUUCGCCACCCACGAAGACGCCGUCGCCGCCAUGUCCAAAGACAAAGCCAACAUGCAGCACCGCUACGUUGAGCUGUUCCUGAACUCCACCGCCGGAGGGAACAACGGAUCGUACGGCAGUCAGAUGAUGGGGGCUAUGGCCAACCAGUCCACCUACGGCCCCAGCAGUCAGCAGCUGAGCACUGGCUACAGUGGGGGCUACAGCAGCCAGACGGGCAUGGGGGGCUACAGUGACUACAGUAAUCAGAGCGGAAUGAGCAGCAGUUACUAUGGCGGCGGCAGCCGGGGUUCCGUGGGCAUGAACGGGCUGAACGGCACCAUGAGCAUGGGGGCUGGGUGGGGCAUGUAGGAGCGGGGGACCGGGACCGGGAGGGACGGGGUGUGCUGUUGGGUUACCAGCACUGAAAAUAAAGGGGUCCCCUUGAGCUACUGUUUUUUGUUUUUGUUCGUUUGUUUUUCCUCUUUGUGUUGGAGAGGCGUAAAGAUUGUGUACAGAGGGGAGGGGAGGGGUGGGGAGUUAAAAACAAUGUUUUCUAUAAGACUUGUGCGACAGGGGGACGGGGCUUUGCUGAACGUGACAGGCAAUAGUUUUCUUUAUUAAGCCCCCCCCCAAUAGACUGAAUUUCAGCGUGUUUAUAGAAUUAUUUACUUUUUUUAACGGAGUAAGUGGAAACCAUUGGGGCGGUUUUAGUCCCUGGGUUGCGUUGAGGAUUCAAAGACCGUAUGUUGUCCCUGUUAGAAGUGCAUGAACCAAACAUGCUUUGUAAAUAUAAUCAACAUUGACUUUCUUUUUAUUUUAUUUCUUUUUUUUUUUUUCGGGCUUA